CUCUCGUUCAUACGCUCGUAACAUCUCGCGAUCUCUUGAUUGCUAUGGCGUAUCAGGAAGGGGAGUCGCUUGAAUCCUGGCUCAAUAAAGCCACCCAUCCAACUAACAGACAAGAGGACUGGGAGUACAUCAUUGGCUUCUGUGACCAAGUCAACAAAGAACUUGAAGGCCCCCAAAUUGCAAUACCAUUACUAGUCCACAAAAUCCACUCACCACAAGAAUGGGAAGCUCUUCAGGCUCUUACAGUGUUAGAGGCGUGCAUGAAAAACUGCGGGAGGAGGUUUCAUAAUGAAGUUGGAAAAUAUCGAUUUUUAAACGAGUUGAUUAAAGUUGUGUCUCCAAAGUACAUGGGCGACAGCGCACCCGAGAAGGCAAAGACAAAGAUUGUAGAAAUGCUGUACAGCUGGACCGUGGCGUUCCCUAAUGAGCCUAAGAUAAACGAAGCCUACCAAACACUGAGAAGACAAGGGCUGGUGACCCGGGACCCAGAAUUGCCGCUGGACCGGACUUUGAUUCCCUCUCCGCCCACACGGCCUAAACACCCUGUGUUUGACAACGAAGACAUGGGGAAGCUCCUUACUGAGCUUCUCCGGAGCAAAAAUCCUGAAGACCUUCAGGAGGCCAACAGGUUAAUCAAAAAUAUGGUUAAGGAGGACGAGGUACGGGUGCAGAAGGCAUCAAAACGCUGCAACACGCUGGAGGAGGUAAACAUCAACGUCAAGCUCUUGUCCGAGAUGCUGUCCCACUACGACAAAGAUUCCUCGUCAGAGUCUGACAAGGAGAUUAUGAAGGAACUGUAUGACCGCUGUGAUAAGCUGAGGCGGGCCGCUUUCAAAAUGGCCACAGAGGCUGAGGACAACGACACUAGUUUAGGUGACAUCCUGCAGGCCAGCGAUGAUCUCUCCAGAGUCAUCAACGCCUACAAGAAGAUUGUUGAGGGCUUGCCCAUCAAUGGAGACAGCCUGGAGCCUCGUGGACAUAACGACUCGCCGGAGACGACGGACACACUCGUGGACCUGGCCGGCGGCGCUGACCCGCCGAGCCCUCCUCAACCCGCAGUCCCCGCGCUGCUCUCCGGCGAUCUGUCAGACAUCUUGGGAGAUUCGUCCUUCCCCGCCCUGCCGCCGCCUCCGAAACAGCCGACGGGCUCUCCGGCCCAUCAGGGCAGCGGUCCGGCUCACCCUCCGCCUGACUUCGCCUCCGACGCGUUCUCGCUUCUUGAUCAGGAGCUGCUGUCGUUAGGACUAAAAGAUGAGGACCCCGCAUUAGCAGGCAACCAACCCAAACCAAAGCUGAACGAAGCGACCAAUCAAUGGAGUUCUUUGCAGCCCCCUGCAUCGAGUGCAGAUUUGUUUGGGAGCGCUGUAUGCCCGGCUCCACUCUUACCCCCGGCAGAACCUGACUUGACCUCACUCCAGAAUCUUCAAGACUUGGCUAUGAUGGGCUUCCCCGAUCACAAAAGUCAUAUGAUGAUGGGAAGCAAUUUCAGGGCACCGCCAGUCGUUCCUCCCCCUACGGGCGUGUCGAGCUCCUCCUCUCCAGGAUCUCUCCUUCAAACCGUUCUGCCCAGCUCGCCUGCUCUGACCCACACCAAGGCCCAGAACCUGGCCUCCAUCCCGGGCAGCCCGCUGUUCCACCCGCUCUCCCCAGCCCACGCCGCCGCUCAGGGAAGCCCUGCCAGAGCGGCGCAGAUAUCCCUGAGCAAUGUUCACGUUCCUCUGGAGGCCAUCAGACCCAGUAAAGUGCUGCCGGUCACCGCCUACGACAAGGACGGCGUUCGGGUUCUGUUCAACUUUGCCUCCGACUCUCCCCCCGGCAGGCUCGACGUGUUAGUCAUGGUGGUGUCCAUGCUUAACACGGCACCACUCCCUGUGCACGGGGUGGUACUGCAAGCUGCUGUACCAAAGUCAAUGAAGGUGAAGCUGCAGCCUCCUUCGGGAACAGAACUGGCUGCGUUCAACCCCAUCCUGCCGCCAGCCUCCAUCACACAGAUCAUGCUGCUGGCCAAUCCAAUGAAGGAGAAGGUUCGCCUGCGUUACAAACUGGCAUUCACACUUGGGGGUGUACUGUGCAACGAGGUGGGGGAAGUGGACCAGUUCCCCCCGCCCGAGGCAUGGGGACACCUAUAAACACAAAACUCCAGACAACUAUCAUCACUCCAUUAAUACAGUUGAAACAACUUAACAUUUUAGUUUUUUUUCUUUUUACUAAAACAAAAAUGUCAUAUGUCUCCUCUGACAGGAAUAUCCAAGUUAAUGUUUACACCUGUAAUGACAAAAAUCAUGAUAAAUUAAAUCUUAAUGGUGAUAAA